UGGGAUUAUAAAUAGGGAGGUAGUCAAGGGUUUAAGAUCAUCCGAAAACACACACACAGACGAUAACGAGAGAGAGAGAGAGAGAGAGAGACGAUAUCAAUAUUAGUAAACUAGCUUUUGCAUUAUUGAGUAAAGAUACGUUUGAUUCAUUGUUAUCCUAAAGCACAAAGUUGGAUUCAAUCCCUAACAUCUUGGGGAUUCAUCAUCUUGUGAUUGGUGGCUGCGAUGAUGAAGAAACUAAACCACCUAGCUCUAGUCUCCCACGUCUGUAACGAACUGGAAACGCAUGUAGGUGUAGGUCCAAAGUACUUAGCGGAGUACAUAAUCCAUCUCGGCCGCAACUCCGAGACCGCCGAUGAACUCGAUAAGAAGCUGAAGAAGGACGACGCAGAGCUUCCUGAUUAUUUAGUCCGCUCGCUCUUAACUGCAAUCCGCGACAUCUACCCUCCUCCUCAGCCCCCAAAAUCCAAAGCGUCAGCGAUCAAGGAGGAUACUAAGGAUCGAAGGGAUCGGGAUCGAGAUGAUAGAAGAAGUGAUAGAUCACGUGAAGGAGGUGAUAGGUCACGUGGUGGUGGAAGAAGUGAUAGGGGCGCAAACGAGCCUGAGUUGUAUGAGGUUUACAAAGGUAGAGUGACUAGGGUGAUGGACUCUGGCUGCUUUGUUCAGUUUGAUAGGUUUAGAGGCAAAGAAGGUUUGGUUCAUGUUUCUCAGAUGGCUACCAGAAGUGUGGUGAAGCGGGAUAUGGAGGUUUAUGUCAAAGUUGUAUCUAUUAAAGAGGGUGGUAAGUAUAGUCUUUCCAUCAAGGAUGUUGAUCAGAACACGGGUACAGACUUGAAGAAGCCUUCUUCAUAUGAUGAUGAUGAUGAUUUAGGGAGGAGUAAUCCAUCGUAUAGAACAAAGGAUGGCCACGUCACCAAGACUGGGAUUUCAGGUAUCAGGAUUGUUAAGGAGAUUAAUGUAGCAGCACCUUCACGCAGACGACUGAAGAGGAUGAGCUCCCCUGAGAGAUGGGAAGCGAAGCAGCUCAUUGCUUCUGGUGCCUUGAAAGCUACCGAGUUUCCAGAUUACGAUGAGGAUGGAGAUGUGAUGCUUUAUCAGGAGGAAGAAGAGCUUGAGAUUGAGAUGAACGAAGAAGUACCUGCCUUCUUGCAAGGGCGGACCAGGUACUCUGCUGACAUGUCUCCUGUCAGGGUUUUCAAGAAUCCAGAAGGCUCCUUGAGCCGUGCUGCUGCACUUCAGUCUGCGCUCACCAAGGAGAGGAGAGAAAUGAGGGAACAGCAGCAGAGAACAGUGCUCGACUCUAUCCCCAAGGAUCUGAAUCGUCCUUGGGAAGAUCCUAUGCCUGAGACUGGUGAAAGGCAUCUUGCACAUGAGCUUAGAGGUGUUGGAUUGUCUGCUUAUGGCAUGCCUGAGUGGAAGAAGGAUGCUUUCGGGAAAACUCCAUCUUUUGGGAAAAGAUCAAAGCUUUCUAUCCAGGAGCAAAGGGAGAGCCUUCCUAUAUACAUGCUUAAAAAGGAGCUGAUACAGGCUGUCCAUGAUAAUCAAGUCUUGGUGGUCAUUGGUGAAACUGGUUCAGGUAAGACGACACAGGUGACUCAGUAUCUUGCCGAAGCUGGUUACACUACGAAAGGAAAAAUUGGGUGUACGCAGCCUCGCAGGGUGGCAGCAAUGUCUGUUGCAAAGAGAGUAGCUGAGGAGUUUGGUUGUCGUUUGGGAGAGGAGGUAGGGUUUGCUAUCCGGUUUGAGGAUUGUACUGGACCAGACACGGUGAUCAAGUACAUGACUGAUGGUAUGCUUCUUAGGGAGAUUCUGAUUGAUGAAAACCUCUCUCACUACUCUGUUAUAAUGCUUGACGAAGCUCACGAGCGGACGAUUCACACUGACGUCUUGUUUGGUCUUCUAAAAAAGCUGUUGGAACGCAGGCCUGACCUUCGUCUGAUUGUCACAUCCGCCACGUUAGACGCAGACAAAUUCUCUGAGUAUUUCUUCAAAUGCAACAUCUUUAUAAUUCCUGGAAGAACCUUCCCUGUAGAGAUUCUUUAUAAAAAACAGCCAGAAAGCGAUUACUUGGAUGCAGCUCUGAACACAGUUCUUGAGAUUCACUUGACUGAGCCAGAGGGUGACAUUCUUCUCUUUUUGACGGGACAGGAAGAGAUUGAUUCUGCAUGUCAGUCUCUGUACGAGAGAAUGAAAAGUCUAGGCAAAAACGUUCCUGAACUCAUCAUACUCCCUGUUUACAGUGCCCUUCCUAGCGAAAUGCAGUCUAGAAUAUUUGAUCCUCCUCCUCCUGGCACCCGGAAAGUAGUUGUAGCUACAAACAUCGCAGAAGCUUCUUUGACAAUAGAUGGGAUAUAUUACGUUGUUGAUCCCGGGUUUGCGAAGCAGAACGUGUAUAAUCCAAAGCAAGGACUAGAGUCGCUUGUCAUAACUCCAAUCUCACAGGCAUCAGCGAAGCAGAGAGCUGGGCGUGCUGGUCGUACUGGCCCUGGGAAAUGUUACCGUCUCUACACGGAGAGCGCGUACCGUAACGAGAUGCCUCCUACGUCGAUCCCUGAGAUCCAGAGGGUUAACCUGGGAAUGACAACCCUCACCAUGAAAGCAAUGGGUAUCAAUGACCUGUUGUCGUUUGACUUCAUGGAUCCACCCCAACCGCAAGCCUUGAUCUCUGCUAUGGAGCAGCUGUACAGCCUGGGAGCUUUGGAUGAGGAAGGACUGUUGACAAGGCUAGGUAGAAAAAUGGCCGAGUUUCCUCUCGAGCCACCGCUCUCUAAAAUGUUGCUAGCGAGUGUGGAUCUUGGUUGCAGCGACGAGGUUUUGACGGUGAUUGCUAUGAUCCAGACGGAAAACAUAUUUUAUAGACCAAGAGAGAAGCAAGCUCAAGCAGACCAGAAGAAGGCGAAGUUUUUCCAGCCUGAAGGUGAUCACUUGACAUUGCUAGCUGUGUAUGAAGCUUGGAAGGCUAAGAACUUCUCAAGCCAAUGGUGUGUUGAGAACUUCAUACAGUCACGGUCGUUACGACGUGCUCAAGACGUGAGGAAACAGCUUCUCAGCAUUAUGGACAGAUAUAAACUAGACGUGGUAAGCGCGGGGAGGAACUUGACGAAGAUAAGGAAAGCAAUCACGGCAGGAUUCUUCUUCCAUGGAGCAAGAAGAGAUCAGCAGGAAGGAGGUUACAGGACGCUAGUGGAGAAUCAACCGGUUUACAUACACCCGGGCAGUGCAUUGUUCCAAAGACAACCGGAUUGGGUGAUAUAUCAUGAUCUUGUGAUGACGACCAAGGAGUACAUGAGAGAAGUGAUUGUUAUUGACCCGAAGUGGCUUGUGGAGCUAGCUCCAAGGUUUUUCAAGGUGGCUGAUCCAACACAUAUGAGCAAGCGUAAGCGCCAGGAACGCAUAGAGCCUCUGUAUGAUCGUUAUCACGAGCCUAACUCAUGGCGUCUCAGCAAAAGACGUGGUUGAGAGAGAGAUUUCAAGUUUUUAUUCACCCAAAUCCUCAGAUGUCAAAGGAUGUGUACUCCCAAGAAACCAGCCACUGUGGUUCUCCAAAACAGAGCUCGAGCCUUUCGUUUUGAAAGUGUUUAUAGACUCGGAUAACAAUGAUAUGGCUCAAGUUUUUAUUUGUUUUUAAUGCAUACAAUAUAGAUGCUGCCAUAUAUAUCUGGUUAAAAGUUAUAAUGUGAAGUUUUCAAAUCUCUAUGAUCAGUUUUAAGAUAUAUAGAACGAUCCCCUGGCCCUGACCAUGCAGGUUUCCAUAAAGUGGAAGUCCAUAAUGCAAGAUGUUCACUUUUAUACAAUUUAAUUAUAUAGUUAAAUUUAAAAUUAAAAUUUCUAUAAAUUAUUAAUAGAAAUUCAAAUGUUAAAAAAAAAAUUAUUCAAAAAACCUAUAGCAUUUUAAUAUUAUUUAUUUUAGCUAUGGAAAUUUUUUAAAACAAAACCAGACAUGGAUAAUCUAAUAGCAUCUAGAAUUUGAGAAGUUAAGCAUUUAGGUUCGAAACAACUUUACAAUUUUAAAUCUGUAUCAUACUU